AAAAUACUGCACCUAAACACCCGAGCAAUCGUAUGGGUUCGAGAGACCCUUGGACCUCCACUUCUUCUUUUCUAAUACCCGAUAGGUAUCCCAUUCCAGAAGUCCUUUAACUCGCCUUGUAGCAUCAUUUUACUCCCGCAGACCAUGCAUUUUCCUUUGCAUUCAGUGCCUCAGACAUGAUGGCCGUCUAUCCUUGUAAUAUGGCCUGCUUUCUCCCCCUGAAACGUGUGCAGCUGAGGCCUGUUGCUCAAUCCCGCUAUAUCGGAAGAGCCCUGAGACUGUAUUCAACACAUCUCCCCAAUGCCCGGCUGAAUAUUUCCACCGACUACUCAUCGACACCAAUCCUUCAUCAUGCACCGCAGUCGGCUCUCGCAAAUCCUGAAUUGCCCGCCAAUGUCCAGUCCUCGACAACGAAGCGCAUGAAUAUGUUCCAGGCCAUCAAUGACGCUCUCACCCAUGCCUUGGCCUCUGAUGAACGCGUGCUUCUCUUCGGCGAGGAUGUUUCUUUUGGCGGCGUGUUUCGCUGCUCCAUGAACCUAGCCACCCAAUUUGGUUCCGAUCGUGUAUUUAAUACGCCUCUCAGUGAACAGGGAAUUGUCGGAUUUGCUAUAGGAUGUGCAGCAGAAGGCAUGAAGCCGGUUGCAGAGAUUCAGUUCGCAGAUUAUGUUUAUCCUGCAUUCGACCAGUUAGUUAAUGAAGCCGCCAAAUUUCGUUACCGCUCGGGAGGAACAGGUCAUCAUAUUGGUGGCUUGACUGUGCGAAUGCCUUGCGGAGGUGUGGGCCACGGCGCUUUAUACCAUUCUCAGUCUCCCGAAUCCCUUUUCACACAUAUUCCAGGGCUGCGAGUUGUGAUGCCUCGCUCACCCCUUCAAGCCAAGGGAUUGUUGCUCGCCUCCAUAGCCUGUAAUGACCCGGUCAUCUUUAUGGAGCCAAAAGCAUUAUAUCGAGCCGCAGUGGAGCAGGUUCCAACAGAGUCCUAUUUGUUGCCAUUGUCAAAAGCGGAGGUUCUCAAAGAAGGCGAGGAUUUGACUUUGGUCUCUUAUGGGGCUCCCCUUUACACCUGUGCUGCCGCAAUGGCCGCUGCAGAGAAGGAUCUUGGUGUCAAGGCUGAAUUGAUUGAUUUGAGAUCAAUCUAUCCAUGGGACCGAACAACCGUGCUCGAAAGCGUGAAGAAGACUGGCCGAGCUGUCGUGGUGCAUGAAAGCAUGACCAAUGCUGGCGUCGGCGCAGAAGUAGCAGCCACUAUUCAGGAGAGUGCGUUCCUCCAUCUUGAAGCUCCUGUCAAGCGCGUUGCAGGCUGGUGUACACAUAUGGGCCUAGUGUACGAGAGCUUCAAUGUCCCUGAUGUUACGAGGGUAUAUGAUGCCAUUAGAGAAACAAUAGAUUACUGAAUCGAAAUAUAUCGACGAAAAAACCCUACUCUAUUCAUGCUCUAUUCGUGAUUCCUUUGCUGU